AUGGCAAUGAGGCGAGACGAACCCGAACCCGAGAGGCGACUCUGCGGCGUCUGCGGCUCCUCCGAACGGUGGUUCCUCCAUUACAUCCGCCACAAAGGGGCGUUUCAGAGGCUCUGCACCAACUGCGUCCUCCAAAACUACCGCGGCCUCUACUGCCCUUUCUGUCUAGAAUUCUUCGACCCACCCCUUCUGGCACGUGACCGGGUCAUGUGCGUCAAGUGCCCUUCCGUUUCUCACCCCGCCUGCGUCCUCGUCGCCAAUUCCUCCUUCCAUGGCUUCGAGUGCAAUACCUGCCGACAGGGCUACCCCUUCUUCAGCCUCAAUCGCCCACAAAACGACGCCAACGACCCCAAAACGGCAUUCGUCAUCGACAAGGCCAACGCCAAGGCCCUUGUCGCCGCUGCCAAAAUUGCUGCGGCUUCGAUGGCGAAAGCCGCCGUCGCGGCCAGGACGGAGGCCGAGCGCCGCGUCAGGGAGGCCGUGAUGGCGAAGAAGAAGGCGAAGGAGGCGUUGGAGAAACUCAGUUCUCUGGUUAACAAGCAGAAGGAGCAGGAUUCAAAAGCUGGAGACGUUGUUUCCGGGCCUAAGAGCCUCAACGGAAAGCCAAAACUGGAGAGUUCUGGUGGAAUUCCACCGGCGCCCAAGAUUGUUAAGGCUGAGGGAAGUAAUGGGUUGGGCAGUGAUCCAUUGAAAAUCGGUAAUGUUGACGCCAUGGAAGAGUGA